GCGCGCGCCCGCGCCCGCGCCCUAGCUCGCGGCCUCUCCUCGCAGGCUCGCACCACAAUCACACGAGCAGACAAUCACCAACUCCCUUUCUGUCUUUCGCUUUCACUGCUCACCAUUUCGCGUCGCCCUCUCGCCGUCGUCGCGGGUGCCUCCCUCUUUUUCACCUCCCUCCCCGCAUCUGCCACGAACCUUUGCAGAAAGAAAGGUGCCCCGGGAGGUAGAGGCAGUAGAUGUAGAGAGCCCCGGGAGCCCAACGCCUCCACCAGCAGCAAAGCACCAGCACCAGCACCACCACCAGAGCCGAGCGCACAAAAGCGCGCGGCCGGGACGCCGGCACAAAGCAACGGGCAGCCUGUACUGCCCGCUGCUGCAGCUACCCUUCCAGUCCCAGUCCCAGUUCCAGCCCCGGCCAGGCGCUCGCAAAGUGCGGGAGCCGCGCGCCCUCUUCGCUCGUGCUCUCUCUCUCUCCGCCCUCUCGCUCCAGGUCGUCUACGACACCCCGCCCGUACGUACGGACCCCGGCGCUCGUGCGCGGGCGAACAUGUCUUCGGCGGCGGGCGGUGGUGGAUACGGGGCCGGCGGCGGCGCCGAGCACCAGCACCUGUUGCUGGGGCAGGCGGCGGGGCAGCUCUACCACGUGCCGCAGCACAGCCGCCGCGAGAAGCUGCGGUUCCCGCCCGACCCGGCCGACUCGCCCCCGCCCACUGCCUGGCCGGCGCCCCCACCCUUCUACUCCUACGCGUCCUCGUCGACGUCGUCCUACUCGCCGCAUAGCCCAACGCCGCUGGCGCACGCGCAGCUCGUGGCGCACGCGCUACCUGCAGGCGCCGGGGCCCAGAUCCCGAGCCAGAACUUCGCGCUCUCGCUCUCCUCGGCGUCCUCGAACCCUCCGCCCGCGCCGCGGAGGCAGCUCGCCGCGGGGGUAGCCACGGGGCCGUACGGCCCGUUCACGGGCUACGCGGCCGUCCUCGGCCGGUCCAGGUUCCUCGGCCCCGCGCAGAAGCUGCUCGAGGAGAUCUGCGACGUGGGCGGACGGCCCCCGCACCUGGACCGGCGCUCCGACGAGGGCAUGCUCGACAUGGACGCCAUGGACGUGGUUGGGGACGUGGACCAUGACAUGGACGGCGGUGACCGCGCUACCGCUGAGGCGGUCGCUGUCUCCGGCGCCGAGCAGCAGUGGAGGAAGACCAGGCUCAUCUCCCUCAUGGAGGACGUUUGCAGGCGAUACAAGCAGUACUACCAGCAGCUGCAAUCUGUGAUCUCCUCGUUUGAGACUGUUGCGGGGCUGAGCAACGCCGCCCCCUUUGCUUCCAUGGCUCUUCGGACAAUGUCGAAGCAUUUCAAGUGUCUCAAGGAAAUGAUAAUGAGCCAAUUAAGGAACACAAGCAAGGUUGUCGCCAAUGAUGGUAUUGGCAAAGACGAUAUGGCUAACUUUGCGCUUAUGGGUGGUGGAGCAGGCCUCCUGAGGGGAAACAAUGUGAACGCAUUCGGCCAGCCUCACAACAUUUGGAGGCCUCAAAGAGGGCUUCCUGAGCGUGCAGUGUCUGUGCUUCGCUCGUGGCUGUUCGAGCACUUCUUACAUCCGUAUCCAACUGAUAGUGACAAGCAGAUGCUGGCUAAACAGACAGGCUUAACAAGGAACCAGGUGUCAAAUUGGUUUAUCAAUGCAAGGGUGCGGCUCUGGAAGCCCAUGGUGGAAGAAAUCCACAACCUGGAGAUGCGGCAGGUGCAGAAGAACACAUCGGUGGACAAGAAUCAACUUGGCAUGCAGCAGAUUCAGCACUCGACGGACAGCAGUGGGAAGCUUUCUGACCCUUCAAACUCUCAGCGUGGGCAAAGCAGCGGCAUGACAAGAAACCUCAGCUCUCCGGCAUCACGCCAUAUCCAAGACGAGCUCUCCCAGAUGCCCCACGACAUGCCAGGCCAGGUGAGCUUUGCUUACAAUGGGCUCCCCACACACCACGGUCUUGCGCUGUCACACCCCCAGCAAGCUGAAGCAGUCAGCGCCGGCAUUGGCCUUGGCGGCGUGGCUGCCGGCGGUGGCGGCGUUUCCCUCACACUCGGCCUUCACCAGAACAACAGGACUUACAUUGCCGAGCCACUUCCGGCCGCGCUCCCGCUCAACCUCCCGCACCGUUUUGGGCUGGAGGACGUGAGCGACGCCUACGUGAUGGGGUCAUUCGGCGGCGGCCAGGACCGUCAUUUCACCAAGGGAAUAGGUGGCCACCAUUUGCUCCAUGACUUUGUUGGUUGAUCUCGUAUUGGAAGUGUGUUGUCAGCAUGCAUGUAUUGUAUUAUUAGGGGUAGGACAGUCGAAGAGACCAUUUAAUUUGGUCGUCCAUGCAUCCAAGAAUGCUGUCGAUAUUUGACAAUGUGAGGGCUAUAGAGGGCAUGACAUACCGUUGAAGAUCUGUUCCAGUUGUAUGUUGUAGAGUUGAACCCUAUUUGUUCUAAUCCCAGGUGAUCGAUUAAGCGGUGUUAACACAUUAUUGUACCACUACCCCUUUGACAUGCGAUUGAUGUGAAGGUUAAUUGAAAACAGUGCUCCUGGAGGUUGA